AUGCCGCCACCCUCUCCUCCUCCCAAAUUAGCAACCCACAGCACUAAACUGCCCCGCGUCUCCCUCCCCAUCGGCAAACCAACACCCUACCUCCUCCCCUCCCACACCGGCGAACACCUAACCAUCCCCGGCACAAAAUCCGUCUUCCGCAUCCUCUGCUCCGCCGCUGAAACCGCCAACGCCAUGAGCGUCUUCGGCCAAGACGGCGUCCUGGCUGACCCCCCAGGCUUCCACUACCACAAUCACGCCCACGACGUCUUCAUGUGCACAAAAGGGCGAUUGAAGAUCUGGGCUGGCGAUAAAUGCCGUAUACUCUACCCGGGAGACUUUGCGUAUGUACCACCGGGUGUGGUGCAUCAACCACAAUUACUGGAUCAAGGGCCUAAUGAAUCGAUGGGUCUUGUGACGCCGGGGGAUUGGGUUGAUUUCUUCCGGUUUGUAGGGGAAGACUAUAAAGGUGUGCUUUGUGAUGAGUUUGAUUAUAGGAACACAGGUGCUGUGUUUGGACCUAAGAUACGCGAGAUCAAAGAACGUUUUGACGUUGUUUUUCAACCGCAGUUCCAAGGCGCAGAGGUAGCGGACUUUGAAAAGGGAGAGUGCGUAUUACCGGAGGGUCAGGAAGCGUAUUUCCUAAAAGCAAACACUGGGCCGUGUUUCCUACUCGAGGGUGUGCUGUCAAGGCCGUUCAUCACCAUGAAGCAGAGUAGAGGACCGUCGGGUAACUUUGCCAUUACGAGUAUUGAGUCUGGAAGCGAGUUGGAGAAUUCAGUACUCAGUAAAGGAUUCGUCUUCGAGAAGGUACAUCAGGUCUAUUAUGUACUUGAUGGAGCGAUUUCGCUUACAGUAGACGGCGAGGCGGGACAUUUGGUUCGGGCGGGCGAAACGGCGUUUUUACCAGCGGGGACUCAGACCGCGGUAGAGUUUGUGGAUCGGUAUGUGAGGUUCUGGUCGUAUGCUAGCGGAGAUGGACUAGAAACAUUGAUCGCGGAAGCUGGAGGUGCUUUCGAAGGGAAGGUGGUUCCGGAUCAAACCACGAGAGUGGAUGUGGGUAAGGUGCGGGAAGUUGCCAUGAAGCUGAACAUGAGGAUCAGCAUAUAG